AUGAAAACACAAAAAAAAAAAAAAGAUUUUCGAACAUUUUGCAGAAAAAUUGUGUCGUCUCAGCGAACAGAAGAACAGAUUUUUUGAAAUAUUGUCUCAGUUAUUGCGGUGAAUUCUGAAAAAGCGGUUCGUUUUGAAAACAUAAAAAAAUCUCGAAUAUAUAAAUCGUGCAAAACAACGAAUAUUCACAGAAAUAGACCCUGAAAAUGCCAGCGAAAUAUUUCUAAUAUAUAAUUUGAGAACAAGGAAAAAAUAUUGCAUAAUUUAAUAGAUUCUGCUCGCAAAGAAUAGUAAUAAUUAAAUAUAUUAUAGAAAAAACAAUAACAAAAACGCAAAUAUUUUAUAAGAAAAAUUACAGCAACAAUAUUACACGGGAGAAAAACGUGAACGAAUAGCUAUCGGCCAACGGCAUUGCUGAGUGGUGAAAAAAUAAAUAUUUUUUUUGUUUGUGGAAAAAUUCACCGUGGAAAACCGCCAUCUGCCUGAUCGGUCCAUUUAGUUGUUUUGUUACGCGCUGUUCAUUCGUAUGUCCGUGAGUUCCGUCGUUCGCUCGUUCGUUCAUUUGCCUCUUCGUUUAGAUGACAAUUAGGAAUUGUUGAGUUUUAAGUUAAAAAUAAAAAACAAGUGCGAAUAUAAUUAUUUUACAAUUAUUUUUAGAGCCAUAACAACAGCAACAACAACAAACAAGAAAAUAGCUAAGAACCCGAAACGCAAAAGCAAAAAAAAAAUAAAACAAAACAGAAAAACACCGAUUUUACGGUAGCUGAACCAAGCGUGCAAAGAAUGCUGCAAUCAAAGAAAAACAAAACAACCGUUAGAGGAUAUGUUUAAAAAUAAAUUAUGAAACAAAGUGCAUAACAAAAAUAUUUCAAAUAAUUGAAAACAUAGAAGAAGAAAAAUCUAAAGUGACAAGAAAUUGAAAGAAAAAAAUCUUAAAACUUAAAAAAAGUUCUGCAAAACCCAAACAAACAUGCCUUUGUACAGUGAUUCAAAUUAUUUCUAUAGUGGUGGCAGUACGCCCCUCUUUUCACCCUAUUAUCCGGGCUCCAGUGCCAUUAGUUCGGCCUCUUCGUACAGUCCUUAUACCUCAACUUACAAUCGGGCCAUUUCCGGUUCCUAUGUGGUACCCAUCUCGGCACCACGUACACCCUCCUAUACCACACAUGGACUGAGCUCAUCUUCUCGCUAUCAGCCAAAGUUGAGUACCAUCACUGAAUCCUCGCCCUUGAUGAGUGUUUCACGUCACAGUGCCCUAUCACCUUUGACACGCAUAAACUCCCCCAAAUACACCAGUUAUACCAGCAGUAGCAGCACCACACCAAUACACCACCACACUCCCAAGUACACACCACCCAAACCGAUACUGAUUAACACAGCCGAUAUUGAUGUCUCGGCAAAUCGUUAUCGUAAACGUAAAGAGGAAGCCCUGCGGCAGGCCCAACUGCAACAUGAAUCCGAAAUGGCCAACAUAAUGAACGCCCACAACCGGGCACCGCAGGAAGAACAAGAAGAGAUCAAGCCUCACACCGCAACACCUUUAUACGACACAACCCAACAAGGUGCCGAAGAACCCUCGGCCCCUCGUAAUCGUUCUACCAUCCGACGCAAUCGUCCCGUUGUAAGACUAUCCACUAUACGUUCACGUAGCAAAGAACGUAACCGCAAAAAAGUUGAAGAUCUCUAUGUUGACACCGAACCCGAGGAAAAGAAACGCAGAGAUAUGGAAAGUGAGACAACGAAAAGUGAAUUAGAAAAUCAAGAAAAUGAACAAAAUUUUGAAGAAGUAAUUCUAGAAUUGGACAAGGAUAUGCAAACGGUGAGUAAGCUCAGCAUACCUCAGUGUCCCACUUUCCAUGAUAUUUGUGAAGAUAUUUCUUCGGAUAAAAUCGAUGAUGAUCUCAAUGCGGGGGCCUUGAGGCGCAGGGCCAGCCUCAUACAGGAACAACAGUUACUGAAUCAAGUGCAAAAAUCUCCUUCGGGAACGUUUCAGACCAUCAAUUUGGAACGACGUGAUAGUCAUGACAGCUCGGAUGGUGGAAGCCUGGCGGGUGGUCUCAACAAACACUCCUCGAAACGUCUCUCGAAAAAAGGCAAGAAAAUUAGACACAAAAUUACCGCAAUUGUGGAAAUCGAAAAUGACCCCUCUUGUUCUAUAGGUUUGAGCAAAAUCAGCCCUGACCCGAAAGAUGCAGCUGAAGCGGCAUCACUUCCCAAAUUCACCGUCAAUGUAGAAACGGUGGAGGAGCAUCAUGAAAUCCACAAAGUUUUCAAAUUGCCCAAAAAGAAGAGCAUUAAAAAGGUGAGCAAGUCCAAGGAGCCAGCAGAGCUACCAGAAGGUUUUAUGUCACCACUACCAAAGCCUCAGGCAUCGCCCAAGAAAAAGUUACAGGGUGAGGCAAAGAAAGCCCAGCAAAAAUCGACGGCGGAAAUUUUCACCUUCGACGAGGCCAGUGUGGAGGAGGCUAAGAGGCAGGAAGCCCAACCAGAAAUUGAGGAAGAGCCCAAAACUCCCAGGACAGCCAAGGUUUUGAAUAAAAAGACAAGUGAAAAACAACCCAAAACAUCCACUCAAGUCGCCUCAGUUGAGAAAACUCCAGAGAGUCCAAAGGUACCCCAGCCAGAUGCUUCAAGGAAAUUUGGAGAAACCGAUACAAAAUCAAAUGAAGAACCCAAAUCUGCUAAGAUUUUGGAUACAAAAUUAAAAGAGAGCCCAAAAACUCCCUCCAUUGCUAAAGAAGUAGAAGAAUCUCCAAAAGUAACAAAAACUGAACAACCUUCCACACCCAACAAAUUGAAGACAUCUGAAUUGGACAAGACCAAAAACAAACCCUUGGAAAAAUUAAGUUCUCUUAACAUAGAGCUAAAGACUCCGGAAGCCACAUUUGCCAAAGAAGAAACCUUAAAAGUGGAACCCAACACCUCAAAAACUUCUGUGAUUUUCGGCGAUGAAAAAACUCUAAAACACUCCCAAUCAUUGGAUGCUGGCUCGGUUGCAACACCACCACCUACACAAGCUCUGGAGAAAUCCAAUUCCAUAACCAUAGAACUUAAAACCUCUGCAGCACCCAAAGCACUUAAAGAAAAUGAAAAACCCAAAAAUCUUGGUGGACCUCUGAAAACUUCCCAAUCCUUGGAUAGUGUUGCAAAACCCAAACCCAUAAAUAAAAUUCUCGAAAAAUCCAAUUCGAUCACAGUGGAAUUAAAAUCACCACCCGGAACACCCAAAACACCAAAAACACCUUUGAAGGAAACCAUACCAGAAGAACCGGAACUCAAAACGGCUCCCAAAGAGAUGGCACCAGAGGAGCCCAAAGUUGCAACUCCGAAGCCCAUACGCAAAGCUAUUAAAAAAUCCGAUAGUGGUGAAGAUUUUUGGGCCCAAAUAGGUAGUCGGGAAACGCUUUACAUGAACAAACGAAAACAAGAGCUAUUGGAUACCCUCUGGCAGAAACGGGAAAAGCUACUGGAAUCGACCACAGCGGAAGAAGUUUCCAACUUAGAUGAAAUUAAGGCCUCUGUGGCUGAACAAAAACAAGAAGAUCUUAAGGAGGCCGCCGAACAGGCAGCCAAAUCCACAAUGGAACGUUCAAACUCAAAUGAAUCGGCUUUGAAAAAGGAUGCAAAAGACAAACCGGCGGAGGAUGUUGGGGGCAAGAAAGAAGUACCCUGGAAAAAAGACUUAGUUUCCAAAACAAAGGAGGAGAGCUCUGAAAAGAAAACCUCACCCUUGGCAAAGAAAAUAACCACCGCCAAACCUGCAGAAUCUCCAAAGACUCCCCUUACCCCAAACGAAACAAAAGACUUGAAUCUCAACAAAAAACCAGAGGUCAAAGCAACCGGUCUCGCCGAUAAAACCCAAAAUAAAAAGAUUUCUAUGGACUCCAAGGAAAGAAAAGCAAAUGCUUUAGAUAGCCCAACAACGACCACCACUACAGCCGUGGCGAUGACAAAAAUAGCCGGGCAACAGGCCAAGUCACCUGAACAACAAGAGCAAGAAGAGCGAAAGGCGGCGACGGCAAAACAAACAACAGCACAAGCCAAAGGCAACAACAGCGCCAACAAAACAGAUGAAUUAGACAUUAAUAAAACAUCAGCAACAACAACAACAACAACCACGGCAACGACGACGAAAACAAAUGACCAACAGGCCCCAGCGUUGUUGGCAAAGCCACUUACUUUGACAACCAACAAAACCGAAAGCAAUGCCAAAAUUACUGCUGCAUCACCACCGCCGCCGCCGCCAACCACUGCGGCCACAAAACAACCGGAAAUAAAAGCGUUGGCAACAGCGGAAACAAAAUCCAACGCCACGACGGAGGCAAAGCCGCUCAAAAAGAAAACACCCACCAAAACCGCAACUGCAACAACAACCGCCACCACAGCAUCACCCACCAAAGGCAAAGCCAAACAAUCGCCAACAAAUGUCAUCAACGCCGAUCAAUUUGUUGCAAAGGCACCUGCAAAAUCGAAUGCAUCGCCGGCCAAACAAAAUGCCAACAACAAAAAGACACCCGACAGUAAAAAGGCAAAAGCCGCCAACGGCUCUGGCAAAGGCAGCGCCACAACAAAGCCAGCCACCGCAGCGGUGUCUACGGCUACGGCAGCAGCAACCACAACCACAAAGCUGGAUGGCGAAAAUCAAACAACAAUUCGCCAACAGCAGCAAAUUGGCGGCAACAAAACGAUCACCAGCUCGAACGAACAGCCAGCCGAUAUCGCCAUCAACAAGAGCAACACAUGCGGCGGUAAUCUAUCAAAGUUCGCCACAGUAUCGAAUUUGGCACAGUGUUUACAAGACGUUGACGCAGAUCUAGAAGAUUAUAAAGGAUCGUCCGCGGAUAACAGUGACGACGACCAAAACUACACAGACGAAGAGAGUGAUUUCGAUUUUAAUAGUAUAGACGGUUGGAAUAAUUUCACGCCCAGUAUGAAAAAGAAAAUCAAGCAACGUCACCGCAAGGAGAAACAGGCCGCCGCCGCCGCUGCGGCUCAGGCCCGUUUCGAUCCACAGAAAAAAGUGAAAAUCGAUACGACCCGUAAGCUAUAUGUGAAAGAAGAAGCACCGCGUUACCCACUAGUCGCUACACCGCGUCCUCUUUGGAAACGUGAAAAGAUCGUUUAUCCCGAUGAGGAUUCCGACGAUGAUAGUGAAGAUAGUGAAGCGAGCGGUUCCACCGAGGAAACCGACGAAACGACCAGUGAUGAAUGUACCAGUGCCUCAGAAGAGUAUGAAGAUGAAUUGAAUUCAGCAACAGCUUCUGGUGGUGGUGGUGGAGACGGAGGCGGUGUGGGUGCCGAUGGCACCACAUCAGCCACCGGUGAUCCGAACAUUAUACGCAUGAGUACCUGCAGCAAUGAUUCUGGUUUUGAAGGUGGCACAGCACCCUCAAGUCCGAAAAAAAUGCUAGAAACUUCAUAUACAUAUUCACAAUUCCAAAAAUCCGGACGUUUUACACCGCCAGCCACAGUUAUACCUAGAUUUAAGAAUUAUUCAGUUGAUGAUUUUCAUUUCCUAGCUGUGCUAGGCAAAGGCAGCUUUGGCAAAGUACUCUUAGCUGAAUUACGUGAUACAACAUAUUAUUAUGCAGUUAAAUGUUUGAAAAAAGAUGUUGUCCUCGAAGAUGACGAUGUCGAUUCAACGCUGAUAGAACGUAAAGUCUUGGCCUUGGGCACAAAACAUCCGUAUUUGUGUCACCUGUUUUGCACAUUUCAAACAGAGAGCCAUCUAUUCUUUGUAAUGGAAUACCUGAAUGGUGGUGAUCUAAUGUUUCACAUACAGGAAAGUGGACGAUUUACAGAAGAACGAGCACGUUUCUAUGGUGCCGAAAUUAUAUCAGGUCUAAAAUUCUUGCAUAAAAAGGGCAUUAUAUACAGAGAUCUCAAAUUGGAUAAUGUAUUGCUGGAUUACGAAGGACAUGUACGAAUUGCCGAUUUCGGUAUGUGCAAAUUACAAAUCUAUUUGGAUAAAACAGCUGAUAGUUUCUGUGGUACACCGGAUUAUAUGGCGCCUGAAAUAAUUAAGGGCGAAAAUUAUAAUCAAAAUGUCGAUUGGUGGUCCUUUGGCGUUUUAUUAUACGAAAUGCUUAUUGGACAAUCACCGUUCAGCGGUUGUGAUGAAGAUGAACUAUUCUGGUCAAUAUGCAAUGAAAUUCCAUGGUUCCCAGUUUAUAUAUCAGCGGAAGCAACAAGCAUACUAAAAGGGCUUUUAGAAAAGGAUCACAACAAACGUAUUGGUAAUCAAUACAGUCCAGCUGGAGAUGUUGUUGAGCAUAUAUUCUUCAGACCCAUAGACUGGAAUCUAUUGGAGAAACGACUGAUAGAGCCACCAUUUAGACCGCAAGUGAAACACCCUCUCGAUACACAAUAUUUUGAUCGUGUAUUUACAAGAGAACGUGUACGUCUUACACCCAUCGAUAAGGAUAUACUACAAUCAAUGGAUCAGAAACAGUUCCUAGGUUUUACAUAUACAAAUCCCCAUAUUACGUUGGAUUAAUGAGAGGAAUAUUCCUUGCAUAUCUAGUAGAUAGAGAUAAAAGAGCUUGGUAGAUCCCGCUCUCCUCCUCAACCAUUUAGCAAGAAAUGAUUUUAUUUAAAAAUCGAAACUACCCCCCCAUCCUCGAAACUUUUGUUUGUUCUAGUGAUAGACAAUCGAUUAUUUUUUGUUGUUGUUUAUCACAUCAUAAUUGGCUACAAGUUGGCAAAUGAUAAUGAUGAUAAUUAUCAGUUAUGCCAAUUGAUUUGAUUUUUUUGUGAUUUCUUUUUUUCGGAUUUGAAAAAUUAUAAUCCGCUACCUCUCCUUCAUGCAGAAUGAAAUACUCAUGUUUUAUAUUGAAACUCUUUAGUGUUUCAAAAACAUUUUUUUAGAUAAAUUUUAUUUUCUUUAUGAAAAAAAAUCGCUAUGGCCAAUGGUUAGUUAUAGGAUCUAUGGAUAAAUUAAUUUUAAAAAUUGGCACGAAUUUAAAAUAUAAAUCUUUUAAAUUAUUAAUUUUGAAAAAUUAAUCUAAUUACUGAAUAAUUCAUCCGACAUUUUAACUAUUGGUCAUAACAAUUUACCUAUUGUUAUUACUGGAAACCCUAUUCCAAAAAAAAUAUUUUUUUGUAUAUUUUCUCUAAAUCCUUUUGUGUGUGUGAAAAAUUUUCCUUUUAUAUAUAGAAAUUGUUAUGAAUAUUUUAAUAUUUGUAUAAAAACCAGUAUUUUAUAAAAAAAAAUUGUUUUCUUAGAAUUCGACUAAGUGCACGUUUAAAAACUUUUUACUAAAAGAGAAAAACCAACUAAAUCCAAAUCCAUAUUUAUAAUCAUUUUCAAAACAAUCUGGGUCUAUUUAUCUUUUUUUGUUUUCGUUCUUGCUCGUCUUUGUUUAAUUUAUAUACAUAGCAUAUAAACGUAUCAUUAAGUUAUAUUAUUAAUUUAUUUAUUUCAUAAGUUAACCAAACAAUACAACUUAAUUGUAACUUAAAUUCCUUAUAUAGUUUAAAACUUAAGUUUUCCGAACAGUUUUCAUGUAUGGACGACGACAAUCCUACAAAUGAAAUGAAAUGUUUUACAAAAAAUAUCCACUCGAAUAGUUUUUGUGAAAAAAAUUCUCAAUCAGUUGUCAAUGUAUGAAAAAGUGUACUGAAAAUGUAAUUAAUAUAAACAACCAUAUAUACAAAACAUUGAAUCGAACAAAACGAAAAUAAAAUAAAAAAAUAUUA